AGACGUCGGCGGGGGUCCUGGGAAGGUUAUCUUUUCUUCUUGACAGCCUAUCACCCUGAAAUCGGUUUGUCCGGAGCUAGGGUUCCAUGGCUGGCAGAGCCCUGCACCUUUGCAGGGUCCGGUGCGCCCCCGACGACCCUUGAAAAUCCGCGGGAAGGAAUAGUUUUCACGCCAGGUCGUACUCAUAACCGCAGCAGGUCUCCAAGGUGA